UCCAUCCUCCCCUUCUCUCUCCCCCUCCCGCACUAGCUGAUUCUCUCAUCUUCCUCAACCGGCCUCUCUCUCUCUCUCUCCACAGACACGUACACAUACACAAAAAUACAGAAGAAGCUCGAGAGCACAAGCACACAGAUCAUAGGUGGUAAAGUUUUGCAAGAACUAUUUCAAAAAUCUCCCGGCCUCUAGACAAGAGCUUUAAUUUGUAUGGAGCAAGAAGAGGUCGGGCUAGCGCUGGGCCUCUCCCUCGGCUCCGGCCACCACCAACCCAAGGAACAGCCACCCUCUCCGUCGUGUGCACUGGAGCCGUCGCUGUCACUAAGCCUCCCAGCUGACGGUGGAGGCCUGACCAUGCCGGUACCGGUGCGGCCACUGAUAGCCGGCGUGAAAUGGGAGGAGCUGCAGGCGGAGGAGGAGGACGAGGCCGUGGACAGGGCAGUUUACUCGGUGGUGUCGUCGGCAGCGGCAGCUGAUGAUGACGAAGGAUGCAACAGCCGGAAGAAGCUGAGGCUGACCAAGGAGCAGUCAGCGAUGCUGGAGGACCGCUUCAAAGAGCACAGUACCCUCAAUCCUAAGCUAAAGGUUGCUUUGGCCAAACAACUCAACCUGAGGCCAAGGCAAGUGGAGGUGUGGUUCCAAAACAGAAGAGCCAGGACCAAGUUGAAGCAGACAGAGGUGGACUACGAGCUUCUCAAGCGCUGCUGCGAGACGUUAACCGAGGAGAACCGCCGCCUCCACCGCGAGCUCCAACAGCUCCGCGCCCUCAACCACGCCCGCCCCGCCGCCUUUUUCACGCCCGCCGCCGCCGCGCUCUCCAUCUGCCCCUCCUGUGAGCGUCUCGCCGGAGCACCUGCCACCACUGCAGCAGACCACCGGCCCAAGGCGGCCUUGUUCAGCCCUUUUCACCAAGUCUGCUGCCUGCUGAAUGCUGAUCCAUCCAUCCACUCAAGAUCUAGUUAAUAGCAAAUUAUUCGAUGAUUGUAUAUAUGUAUAUACAUAUAUUUCUAGCUAGCUAGCGAUCCUAUAUAUCUCUGUAUCGAUCAUUAGUCGUCAUGUAAUAGUAUAGUAGUUGAUCGAUUGCCUAGAUCAUAUUAAUUCCUCCCCUCUCCUUAAUUGGUUAGCUUUGUUUUUUCACAAGCUAAUUGAUUAUAUAGAGUGUAACGGUUACACAAUAGAAAUUUCCGUGAGGAGGAUGGAGCACCACGCAUGCAUGUAGGAAAAAGAAAGAAAGGUCUUGUUUGGUGUUGCUGCUGCUAUAGUUAGUAUAGCGACUGCUGUUGUUGGUGUAGCUAGCUAGCUUUAGUAGUUGUUAUUGAUGGAUUUUAUUGAUUGUCAGUCAGGGAAGUAUCAUAGGUUAGAUGAUGAGAGGACAUGCCACCCCACACAUCCAGUUUUUUUGGACGUGGAUUCAUGUAUGUAUGCCGCAUAUGAUGUAUUUGUUUCACCAAUUAUAUAAUAUAUUGAUUUGUUUCCGUAAA